ACGUCAUUGAGGCAUUAGCAAAGGGCAGGAGAAAGGGCACUGAGCGCGAGACUUACGGCGCUGCUCAUGGACAGGCGGGACGGUUAAGGUGAAAGAGGGACAUGGAGAGACGGAGCUGUGGAGUCCGCCGCGCCUGCACUCUGACCCUGCUGAUGGUUUCCCUGUGUCCGCUGGGCACCAGAGCCAACUGGAUGUGGCUUGGCGUGAGCACGGCGGGAGUACCGGAGAAGACUGGCUGUGCUAACUUACCAUUCAGUCCCAAACAGAAGGACUUGUGCCGGAAAAAGUUGUUCCUGUUGCCCAGUAUCCAGGACGGGGCUCGCCUGGCCCUCUCCGAGUGCCAAAGUCAGUUCAAACAUGAGCGAUGGAACUGUUCCAUCAAUGAUCAGCCGUCUCUGUUUGGACAUGAAUUAACCAGCGGAACCAAAGAGACUGCGUUCAUCUAUGCAGUGAUGGCAGCGGGGCUGGUGCACGCCGUGACCCGCUCCUGUAGUCAGGGCAACAUGACAGAGUGUGGCUGCGACGCCCGACUGAAGGGCACGGCCUCGGCAGCACAGGGCUGGCACUGGGGGGGCUGCUCUGACCACAUCCAGUACGGCACCUGGUUCAGCCGCAAGUUCAUGGACAGCACCUCCAAGAACAUGUCUCUGCUGCCCAAAGGAUACACUCUGCUGACCAUGAACCAACACAACAGCGAGGCCGGACGACAGGCCAUUGAAAGAACAAUGUCGACUGACUGCCGCUGUCAUGGAGUAUCUGGAUCAUGUGCUGUAAAGACCUGCUGGAGAACUAUGGCACCUUUUGGCCGAGUUGGAAUGUACUUAAAAGAACGCUAUGAACGGAGUGUUCAUGUUUUGGAUCGAUUUAAGAAAAAAUGGAAGAGGAAGGAACGUGAUGUUACUGUGGACAAACACAAACUCAUUUACAUGAACAAGUCCCCUAAUUACUGUCUGGAAGACCAGCACUUGGGCGUGGCUGGCACCAGAGGGCGCCGCUGUAACCGCAGUUCUCAUGGGCCUGAUGGAUGUAACCUAUUGUGCUGUGGUAGAGGAUACAACACCCAUGUGGUGCGCAAUGUGGAGCGCUGUGAGUGUAAGUUUGUGUGGUGCUGCUACGUCCGCUGCAGGCGCUGUGAAAGCAUGAAUGACAUGCACACCUGUAAAUGAGGGAGUCAUCCCACUGUAAAU